UGCUUAAAUCUCACGCAACAAUCUUAACCUACUCCUCCUUUCACUAAACAAAAACCUCUCAUGCUCUUUUUAUUAAUUUUUUCGGUGAAGUGUAGAAAUAUUAGGAACGCACACGGGGCAACUAGGUUCAUCAUUUGCAUUCGUGUCUCAAAAGCCUUGGCAUACUAAGUAGAAAAAGUUUUUUCCAUUGGCGAACCCAAACAAAACCGUGCGAGCUUCUAAAAACGCUAAGAGAUUGUUUUCAGCAUUUGAGAGAACGCUUUGAUCAUCGCCGAUUACAACCGUCACUGGCGAUCGGAGCUAGGGUUUUGGAAUAUCUUUCCAUUUUUUAAAAAUAAUACUCGAUGGAGGAGUGGCCGUUCCACGACGGCAACGCACACAAUCUACUCAAGAGCAGGCACAUCGACAUUCGCCACGAUGUUGAUCACAGUUUGCAAAUGCAUUCGUCUUUGAUACAGAGGCUUUCACUGGAACGAGAAUUGGAGGGGCAUCAGGGUUGUGUAAAUGCUGUGGCUUGGAAUUCAAAUGGUUCACUUUUGAUUUCUGGAUCUGAUGAUGCACGGAUCAAUAUUUGGAGCUACUCUGGUCGAAAGCUUUUGCACUCUAUAGAGACAGGGCAUUCUGCAAAUAUAUUCUGUACAAAGUUUAUUCCUGAAACUUCUGAUGAGCUUGUGGUCUCCGGAGCUGGUGAUGCAGAGGUUCGGUUAUUUAAUUUGUCUCGCUUAAGUGGGAGAUGGCUCAAUGACGGUACUAUUACUCCAUCGGCGCUCUAUCAGUGUCACACAAGAAGAGUUAAAAAACUGGCGGUUGAAGUUGGAAACCCCAAUGUGGUCUGGAGUGCAAGUGAAGAUGGAACUCUGAGACAGCAUGACUUUCGAGAGGGCACUUCUUGUCCUCCAGCGGGAUCUUCUCACCAAGAGUGUCGCAAUGUUCUACUUGACUUGCGUUGUGGGGCCAAGAGGUCACUAGCUGAUCCUCCUAGACAUACUCUUGCCUUAAAAUCUUGUGAUAUCAGUUCUACUAGACCUCAUUUGCUCCUUGUUGGUGGGAAUGAUGCAUUUGCUCGUCUGUAUGAUCGAAGGAUGCUGUCACCACCCACCUCAUGCCAGAAAAGAAUGCCACCACCUACUUGUGUUAAUUUUUUCUGCCCAAUGCAUCUUUCUGACCGUGGUCGAUCAAGUUUGCACUUAACUCAUGUUACGUUUAGCCCUAAUGGAGAAGAGGUUCUACUUAGCUAUGGUGGGGAACAUGUAUAUCUAAUGGACGUAAAUCAUGCAGCUAGUGGGAGUUUAGUGAAAUAUUCUUCGGGAGAUGCUGCAAAAUUGAUGACUUUCACUUCUGCACUAAAUGGAGUAGAGCGCCAACCACCUGUCUCCAGUGUCUUCCAAAAUGGUCUCCCUAGAAGAAGCAACACUGCUGCAAAGAUUGAAAAAUGCAGGAAGUUGGUUGAAAUUGCUAGAAAAUCCUUAGAAUAUGGGACGAAUAUUUUCCAUGCAAUUGAGGCAUGCAAUGAAAUCUUGGAUGGACAUGGUAGUGAUAUUGGGCCUGUGCUAAGGCAUGAAUGUUUUUGUACACGUGCUGCCUUGUUGCUGAAGAGAAAGUGGAAAAAUGAUGCCCAUAUGGCCAUUAGAGAUUGCCAUAAUGCUCGAAGAAUAGACAGUUCUUCCUUUAGAGCUCAUUAUUAUAUGGCUGAGGCUUUAGAACAGUUGGGCAAACAUAAAGAAGCUAUGGACUUUGCUGUUGCAGCACAAUGUUUAUCUCCAUCUGAAACUAAGGCUGCCGAGAAAGUGGAGAACAUAAGAAAAGAUCUUGCUGCAGCUGAGGCUGAAAGAAAUAACAAGGCGAGUGAUGGGGCAUCUAGGUCUGAACCUCGAACUGGAAGGGUAUUGUCACUGAGUGACAUACUCUAUCGCUCUGAAGCUAAUAGUGAUGCUUCCCAAGAUGGUCCAAGAUCUGACAGAGAAGAUUCUGAUUAUGACGAGGAGCUGGAAUUAGAUUUUGAAACUUCAAUAUCAGGUGAUGAAGGACGUGAUGUUGAAUCUAACGUACUACAUGGAAGUUUAAAUCUUAGAAUUCAUCGAAGAGGUGAUUCAACAAGGGAAACUGGUGCGAAUGGUUCAUGUGGCUCUCCAUCCUCGUCAUCGCAAAAUGAUAGAGCAGCUUAUCAGGCCGAGGCAGUUAUUGAUAUGAAGCAGAGAUAUGUUGGACACUGUAAUGUUGGAACUGACAUCAAACAGGCCAGUUUCCUUGGUCAGAGAGGAAUCUGGUGUCAUUUUGAUGCAUAUUGAAUCUGGAUGAACUCUAGAAGUCUUCUAUUGGAUCACAACAUUUGUUGCUUGUUGGACAUUUGAUCUGUAACAAAUAAGUUUGUUGUCAAGCAACAUGUCAAUUGCUUUCUAGUCUUUUCAUUGGUGGUCUAAUGGCUGCCGCGUGUAAAUAUGGUCUUUCCUUUGGCAACAUGCAAUGUCUGGUGCCCAACACAAAGGGGCUUCAAGAUGAAGUGUCCAUAUAUCCCCAGGAAAGAUGUUUUCUUUUUCAUCUUAGUCACAUUUCUUGUUGAUUGUGCUGUUGUUAAUUCAUUGUUCAUUGAACAUUAUGAGUUAAUGAAAUCAGUUCUGAUUGGGAAAAACUGUUACUCAUGAGUAGUGGAACUGGGUCUGCAUGCAAUUUUAGCAGUGAAACUGUUAUCAUGACAUCCUCUGU